AUCUUCUUUUAAUAGGGACUUGUCCUAUGAGUCAACUCUAGACCAGCUACGACAUGCCCCAACUUUGUUAGAGUUCAAAUAUCACGCAAUAUAAUUAUUAACAAGCGACCUACAACUGAACGUCGAGGCUUGGUCUCGCUGAAACGGCACCAUAUUUCCUCUUCUUCCCAUCCGCUCGUUUACGGCACAUUGCACCUUCGCCUGGAGGCUGCAUUAGUCGAUUGAUUAUGAUGGUAACGUCGUUCCUCCAACAAACAUGCACGGUUCGACUUGCUGCAAGAUGUUUUUCGAACGUGAAAUACAGUCUGCCAGAUCCGUACCCAUCUUGGGUGCACUCUACGGGCCGACCCGCCGUAUCAAGUUCCUUGUUCGAACACCACGUCAACAAAGCGUGCAUUUCUCACAUGUCCAAGCUUCGUAAUAAAAAUCUGCAUGGUAUCUCUACCCUUCAGUCCAAGCUCCAAUUUUCUUCAUUUCCUUAUCUUCGACACAAAAUUGAGUCAAGCAGCAACAAUGAGAAUGCAAACCCCGAUGAGCGCAAUUUAUCUCAGCAAUACAAGGAAAAUAAGGUUGGAGAAGGAUUUAAGAAAUCGGAUCGAGCAGCUCGAGCAGUGCACAUAGACCUAUCGGCCGAACUCUCCAAAGGAGGUGAAGGACAGGAGCGAGCUAGCGUUGGAGAAAUAUGGAGGCUGAUCAAAAUCGCUAGACCGGAAUACCGACAGCUUGUGCUUGCAUUUGUCUUUCUAGUCAUCUACUCAGGCGUGAGUAUGUCAAUCCCAUACUCUAUCGGGAAGAUCUUGGAUAUCGCGACAAAAGGUGGCGCGGAAGAUAUUGGCCUACUUGGUUUGACAUUGAACCAAUUCAUCCUUGGAUUAGUCAGCAUUAUCUCCUUCGGAGCAAUGGCGAAUUAUGGAGGAAUGAUUUUGCUACGCAUCGUUGGGGAGAGGGUGGUCGCUAGGCUACGUUCGCAGCUAUACAGGCGAACCUACGUGCAGGAUGCAGAAUUCUUUGAUGCCAACAGAGUGGGCGACCUCAUCUCACGGCUAAGUUCUGAUACUGCCAUUGUUGGCAAAUCUAUUACGCAAAAUCUGAGUCAAGGUCUCAAUUCUUUGGUCGUUUGUGGUGCUGGUCUCUCUAUAAUGAUCUGGAUUAGCCCAAAGCUGACCUGUCUUUUACUGCUGAUGUUUCCUCCAGUCGCCAUCGGUACGGUUGCGUACGGGCUCGCCAUAAGGAAUGUUAGUAAGUCAAUACAGACGAGCCUCGGAAUGUUGACAAAGAUUUCUGAAGAGCGUUUGGGAAAUAUAAAGACCAGCCAUGCUUUUGUCGGAGAGGUCCAAGAAGUCAGACGAUACAACAAGCAGAUUCGCAAUAUUUUUACUCUUGGACGCAAAGAGUCGGUCACCAAUGCGGCAUUUUUUGCUUCUACUGGGUGGGUUGGUGAUAUGGUCACUGUGGCAAUAUUGGUGAUAGGCGGUAACUUGGUAAAAUCCGGAGCAUUAUCUAUUGGGGACCUUACAUCAUUCAUGCUGUACACUCUCUUUACUGGCUCUGGUGCAUUCGGACUCUCCAGCUUCUACUCGGAGCUCAUGAAGGGCAUGGGUGCCGCUGGUCGGCUGUUCGAGUUACAGGACAAACGGCCUAGCAUCUAUCAGACAGUUGGGAAGCCCGUCAAGUCUGCCCAAGGUCUGAUCAAGUUUAACAACGUUAGCUUCGCUUAUCCGACUCGACCAUCAGUCAAGAUCUUCGAUCGUCUCAAUUUCGAGAUCUCACCUGGAAGCAAUGUGUGCAUUGUCGGUUCGUCCGGAGGUGGAAAAUCGACUGUUGCAUCUCUUUUGCUUCGAUUUUACCACCCCACCUCAGGAUCAAUAACUAUUGAUGGCGUAGACAUCGCGGAGAUGAACGCGAAAUCUUUGAGGAGAAGAAUCGGAAUGGUUUCCCAAGAGCCGGUUCUAUAUUCUGGAACGCUUGCAGAUAAUAUUGCGUAUGGAAAGCCCUUGGCAACACGUACGGAGAUCAUUGCAGCUGCCCGGAGGGCCAAUUGCAACUUCAUAAGUGAUCUCCCUGGGGGACUAGAGACACAAGUUGGUGCCAGAGGCUCUCAGUUGUCUGGAGGGCAAAAACAACGGGUCGCGAUUGCGCGGGCACUACUAAAAGAUCCGGAUAUUUUGAUCCUAGAUGAGGCAACAUCGGCUCUCGAUGCUGAGUCGGAGACUCUGGUGAACGAGGCCAUAGCCGGAGUCUUACGUGGACACAACACCACCAUCUCCAUCGCGCAUCGCCUCUCUACCAUCAAAAGAUCGGAUCAGAUCAUCGUUCUCAACAAUCAGGGCAAAGUGGCUGAAAUCGGCAGCUACUUGCAACUCUCAGCUGAUAAAGAGAGUGCCUUGCGUAAACUAAUGAAACAGCAAAUGAGUGAAGGAGAUGUCUUCGGAGAGCCGACUUCUGACUAAGACUCAGAUGUAAAUAGAGAACUACGGAGAAACAAGGAGGAGAAUCUUUUGACAGGGUCUGGUAUUACUCCUCUCAGUUCAAUCAACCACUUAUAAUUAUCAAAUCAGUCAUCCUCAUUCUGAUCUUGCCGUAACAUGGUAGCUCCAGCGUCAUUGGGCAUAUACGUUGGG